AUGGCAGAAAACAAAUCUGAAACUCUUCGUAUUCUUCCUAUUAAUGUUGAUCCAAAACUCUGCGAAGAUAAAAACAAAAAAUACUACUAUUUUUACUUAUCUACUCAACCUGCACUUAAAACAU